AAUAUAAUAUUUUAUUGUGUUAGUGUCAUAUUUAGAAAUCAAUUGGUUUUUUUAAAUUUUAAUAAUAUUUGAAUGAAGUGUGUUACCAACGUGCUCCUUAACAAACUCUUUCCAACACUUCUCUCUCUAUGUUGAAAUUCAUGUGGAUCUUACUAAAUUCGGAGUAGAACCUAGGGCAGGAGGGACAUGAUUUAGUUCAUCCCACAUGGAUUUCAGCCAAAAACAGAGUGCAUGUUGGAAAACAUGUUUUACAGGGUGUUGCUAAUAUUUCUCUAUUUGAAAAUAUCUCAGUUUUUAGAUUUUGAUGGAGUAUUUUCUAAAUUAGAAAGUCACCAGAUGCAACACUUAUUUUUGCAGCUUAUCUUGAUUUUAGUUUGUACACCAGUCCAUACUGAUAGAACCCAGAAAAUUAGCAGUAGUUUAUUGAUAGAACCCUAAUUCCCAAUUGGGGAUUAGGGGAAAGAUACAUGAGAGAGAUGCCAAACACCCUCUCUAACCCUAGAAAGAGAACCACUUCUCUCUCUAAACCCAAUUCCUAACUGAAUACCAAGAUACCCCUAACUCUCUAAUGUCUGUUAUUUAUAGGCUACAUGCCUCAAUAACAUUCUAACUAACUCACUAAGUAUAACUAACUAACUAACCCCUAACCUUGAGUUCCUAUCAAUACUCCCCCCCUGAAGAUUCACCUUGUCCUCAAGGUGAGGAACAACAAGCAAACUAAAACAGUGAACAAGUAUGCCUACUAUACAAAAGUGACAAAUUCCAGAACAGCUAUUCCAAACUCCCAAGAGUGGUAAUCACAUCUUCCACCCGGGUCCCAUAGCCGAAAGCAAAAAGUCCAAAACAUGUAUGACUUGGGGAAAAUCUUCACUGUCCUGCUGGAACUAAUGUGGCGUAAGUCCCAUUGCUGGAAAAACAAGUUGCAGAAAUUCCAGUUGAUGCAAAGAUGUUGAAAUAGCACUGUAGCAGCAUCUUUAAAAGCAAAUCCCAACAUGAAAGAAGUCGCAGGUAUCUUCCCAAAACUAGCCAACAAAUGCUGAUUGGAUGUCUUCUCAAAUGACAUUAAUUCAGAAGGUUGCAACUGUAUGGGUUGAAUACAAAUAGCACAAUCCUCCCCUUCCCUUGCAAUUGUGGCUGUAACAAAAUACAAGCUACAACAGUGAACAAUCCCAAAUACAGCUAUGCCAAAGAUCCAAAAGUGACAAUUCCCGUUUCCUCCUGGAUCCCAGCGCAUGAAGCAAAUAAUCACAACCAUGGAUGAAUUGGUGAUCACCACCAAUUGGAAUAGCAAGCCAUAGAAAUCUUCAAAAGAAAACCCCUCCAAACUAAUAUUUCCCAAAUCACCAUGAUACUCAAUGCCUGCUACAGCCUCUUGAUGAAUUGGUGAAAGCAAAAGUCCCCCCGGAUCAAUUAAUAACCCAAAAAUACUGUCAUGCUUCUUUCCUGUACCAUGUUGUAAAUGGCCUGUAUUGCAUCUCACAAUCAAAGCUGAAGUAUAAUUUUGAUACAGCAAUCCUAUCCUCCUCAAUGCCCACACUUGUGGUCAACAACAUAGUUCCAGCAAAACCUUGAAAGUCACCAAAAUCUCUUUCCCUCGGCCUUUGCAAUUUCCCUUGUGAACCUCUGAGCUGAUUUCUGGUUUCUUGCUGCCUCAAGUAAAUGGUUGAAUUGGGUUUUAACCCAAAAGCUGAAAAGUUGGCCCAAUAUUCAUCAAGGCCCAAUUCCUUCCAACUGAGAUUUGGGCUUGGCCCAUUUGGAUUGUAAAUCCAAACCUUGACAUCUGCCCUCUCCGUGCAUCUCUAUCCCAGCCUUCUGUGCGCUUUCCCUUCCCUCACCGCUUGACCUUCCAGUGGCGCCAAGUCAAAGCCACCGCCGCCACCCCAUAAAUCCGGCGGUUUCGCCGGUGGUGGAAAUGGCUGCGCCACCCUCCAACAACUCCAGAGCGGACACAACUCCGCCUCUUCCAGCUUUGCAAUAUCCAGCGCACUACAAGGUGGAUUCUGUGGUUUCGCCGGCGGACGAAUCGCCUUCUCCGGCGUCGAGAGAUUCAAGACUAAUGUCUUGGCCUCCAGAAAAGCUCGCUCUUCCUUCAAUAUCGCUGUUUCACCCUCUGUUUCAAGAUCGAAUCUCUGAAUGUCGUGGCAUGUUCUGUCUCCGCCGCAUCACGAUUGGGUUUGUGCGGUGCUGCAAUCUUCGAUGGCCUCUGAAGCACCUUUGCUGCCGCUCUCUCUGCCUCCGACGCAGCCUCUGAUUCCUGUGGCGCUUCAACCUUUGAUUCUGAUAAGAUUAAACCUCCUUUGAUCCAAGUUUAUCGCCGGAAAAAGAAGAAUUUCAGGUCUGGAACCACCAUGGGGGGUGGCGCAGCCACUACUGUGGCCAUGGAGACUGCUGAGCAGCCAAAACAGCAAGGAGAGAGGGGAAAUACGAAUUUGGCAGAUGGAUAGGGGCAGUUACCAGUCUGUAGUUAUUAGGAGUUAGCAGUUAUUAUGUGUGUAUGUCAGUUUGAAUUCAAAAUAGAAACUGCACUAUGCAGUUGUAUAAAUAAUAGAUGUAGCCUAUUAGAUGAUCAUCCAGGAAAUUAUAAGUUUGGUAGUAUGGAGAGAACAGGCUCUCGAACUCCUGCUGUAUUGUACUAUUCCCAGUAGAGAUUCUUCAUCUCUGCAGUAUCAAUAAUAAUUAUCCAUUAUUCUAUUCCCCUAUCUUAUCAUUUUGGUAUCAGAGCCUUCCACCAUGUCUCUGAGCUGCAAACGAGCGGCGCGGGUGGUGACGCCGGCAUUGCAGUGUUCGCCCGGGACUAGUCGUGGGGCUAGUGCACAGCCAGCCCGCGUGGGCGCCGGGGCUGCGGAGCGUGGUGGGAUGUUAGGACCCCAUUGCAAGGUAUGGGACUUGAGUCCCACAUUGGAAGUAUGGGAUUCUAAUGUGGGGUUUAUAAGGCCUUGGGCUCUCCAACUACAACAGCUAGCUUUUGUGGUGUGGUUCUCCCAAGGUUCUUAUCAUUUUGGUAUCAGAGCACCAUCCAGGUGCUGUGGUACUUAAGUGGUUCACUUUAUAAAUGGGAAAAACUCGUUCUGAAGCCAGUCAAGAUCCAAUGGAGCGGAUGCAAGAAAUUAUGGAAAUGUUGCAGAUUGAUCGUCAACAAGCACAGGCUGAUCGUCAACAAGCACAGAUUGACCGUCAACAAACUGAUCAACGAAUUCAACGUUUGGAAAAUAUGAUGGAGACGUUCAUGCAUCGGGACGACCUUGGCUCUCAAAGAGACAAUCAUGAACAGAGCAUUAAGCGCCCAGGACAGGAAGAAGAGUCUAACUGUGAUAACACUUCUGCACGUUGGCGGAAGUUGGAGGUUCCAGUUUUUGAUGGUGUUGCUGAUGCCUAUGGUUGGGUUCAUAAGUUGGAAAGGUUCUUCCAAAUUCGUGGAGUUCCAGAGGAGGGGAGAUUGCAGGCGGUUCUGGUGGCACUGGAUGGAAAAGCUCUAUCAUGGUUUCAAUGGUGGGAAGGUUGUCAUCCUCACGCAGACUGGGACACUUUUAAGUUGGCAAUUCUGAAGAGGUUCCAAGUUUCAAGUACUCUCAAUCCCUUUGCUGCUUUACUAGCCCUUAAGCAAGAAGAUUCGGUGGCGGAAUUUGUGGUACAAUUUGAGAAAUUUUCCGGCAUGUUGAAAGACAUUGAUGAAACACACUUAAUGGAUAUCUUUGUGAAUGGUUUGAAGGAGGACAUAGGUGCAGAAAUUAAACUUUAUGAACCAACAACCUUAUCCAUCAUGGUCCAAAAGGUUUUAAUGAUUGAGCAGAAAAAUCUUGCAGUUAGUAAGGUUCAUCCAAAUUCCACUUCUGGUUCAAGGUUCAGUAAUUCUUAUAAGUCUCCAUCCAUUUCUCGAACUGUCACAGUUGAUACUACACAGAAGAGUGGAGGCAAAAGUUACACACCAUCUUCAUCUUAUUCUGGUAGUGUCUCAGUGGAUAAACCAUUUCAAAGAAAUCGACCGGGUAAUUACCGUAGACUUUCUGAUGCUGAUUACCAGGAGAAGAUCCGGAAAGGAGAAUGUUUUCGCUGUGAUGAAAAAUUUGGGCCUAACCAUGUGUGCAAGAACAAACAAUUUCGAGUUAUGCUGAUGGAAGAGACUGGCGAUUCUGAACCAGAAGAUGAUCCAGAUUGUCACCCCGAAACGGAACCUGUCCCACAUUUAUCCCUGAAUAAUAUUGUUGGAUUCACUUCCAGAAGGUCUUUCAAGGUUUGGGGAACUAUUGAAGAUCACAAAGUUGUGGUGUUAGUUGAUUGUGGAGCAACUCAUAAUUUCAUUUCCAAGGCGUUAGUACAGGAAUUGCACUUGAAGGUUGAGGAUACUCCAUCUUAUGUAGUUGAAGUAGGGGAUGGUCAUAAGAUAUCAUGCAAGGGUGUUUGUAAGGACGUGUCUUUGCUGUUACACAAUGUGCCGGUCAAUCAGCAAUUUUAUUUGUUUGGCCUUGGCGGAGUGGACAUUGUAUUGGGCCUAGAAUGGUUAGCAAGUCUUGGUGACAUUAGAGCUAACUUUGAACAGUUGACUUUGCGGUUUACUAUGAAUGGCCAGAAGUUAUCACUCCAAGGGGAUCCUGAAUUAUGCAAGAAGGAUGCUUCUUUAAAUUCCUUACUCAAGGCUUUGCAACAUGGUGAGGGAUUUCUCAUUGAUUUUCAACAAAUUCGAGCGGAAACAGAUUGGAGGGCUAAUGUUCCAGCAGAUUUAGUUUCCAUUCUCCACCAAUUUCCUUCCAUCUUUGAACCGCCGGAAGGAUUACCACCUCACCGUCGGCAAGAUCAUGCGAUUCAUCUCAAGGAAGGGGCGCAAAUUCCUAACUUAAGACCUUAUAGAUAUCCUCAUUACCAGAAAAACGAAAUUGAGAAAUUGGUUGCUAAAAUGUUAGAUGCCGGCAUUAUUCGUCCAUCUACAAGUCCCUUCUCCAGCCCCAUAAUUCUUGUUCGAAAGAAAGAUGGUAGUUGGCGGUUUUGUGUUGAUUACCGGGCCUUAAACAAGAUCACCGUGCCAGACAAAUUUCCAAUUCCAGUCAUUGAUGAAUUGUUGGAUGAAAUAGGAGGGGCACGGAUCUUUUCAAAGCUGGAUUUGCGUUCCGGUUAUCACCAAAUCAGAAUGAAGGAAGGUGACAUUGAAAAAACUGCAUUCAGAACUCAUGAAGGUCAUUACGAAUUUCUGGUACUUCCUUUUGGUCUCACUAAUGCACCCUCUUCUUUCCAAUCUUUAAUGAAUGAAGUUUUGAGGCCCCUUCUCCGCAAGUUUGUAUUAGUUUUCUUCGAUGAUAUUUUGAUAUAUAGCCUCUCCAUGGAAGAUCAUAUCCAACAUUUGCACACUGUUUUAUCUCUAUUACAACAACAUGAUUUGAAAGUCAAUGGGAAGAAAUGCACUUUUGGCCAAGAGACUUUGGAGUAUUUGGGUCACAUCAUUUCUGCAGGUGGAGUUUCUGCUGAUCCAAAGAAAUUAGAGGCUAUGUGGUUGUGGCCUACUCCCAAGGACAUCAAAAGUUUAAGGGGUUUUCUUGGGCUAACAGGUUAUUACCGCCGUUUUGUACAGAAUUAUGGGAAGAUUGCGAAACCUUUGACUAAUUUAUUGAAGAAAGAUGCCUUUCAAUGGAGUUCUGAUGCUCAUGCUGCUUUUGAACAAUUAAAGAAUGCCAUGACUACUCUUCCUAUGCUGGCUGUUCCUGAUUUUACCAAGCCUUUUGUUUUAGAGACUGACGCUUCAGGUACAGGUUUGGGUGCUGUUUUAUUGCAGGAAGGUCGCCCUUUGGCUUUUUGGAGUACAACUUUAUCUGAUCGGAAUCAAAGGAAAUCAGUCUAUGAUCGCGAACUGAUGGCGGUUGUCAAAGUUGUCCAGAAAUGGCGCCAUUACUUGUUGGGUCAUCAUUUUAUAAUCCGAACUGAUCAGAAAAGUUUGAAGUUUUUGGCAGAUCAACGCAUGUUGGGUGAAGAACAAUUCAAGUGGGUUUCUAAGUUGGCUGGGUUUGACUUUGAUAUUCAGUACAAACCGGGUAAAGACAAUUCUGCUGCUGAUGCCUUAUCCCGGCGGAGUUCUUAUUGCGCCAUUUCUAUCUUACAAAUUCAUGAUUUUGAAGAAUGGGUGGAAGAAGUCAAUAAAGAUGACAAGUUGCAGAAAAUUAUACAAGACUUGAUUCUGGACCCUACUUCUCAUUCCGGAUAUGUCUUGCGUGAUCAGAAACUAUUCUUUAAAGGUAGAUUGGUUUUAUCAAAGACUUCCUCCCGUAUACCAGUCAUCUUGAAAGAGUUUCAUUCUUCAUUGAUGGGAGGGCAUUCCGGAAUCUUCAGAACAUACAAAAGGGUGGCCAACUUGGUUUAUUGGGACGGCAUGAAAUCUGACAUCAAGAACUAUGUGGCUGCUUGCGAUGUUUGCCAAAGGAACAAAAGUGAUACUUUAACUCCGGCUGGCUUAUUGCAACCUUUACCCGUUCCUACUCAAGUUUGGACAGAUAUUUCCAUGGAUUUUGUCACUGGUUUACCUAAAUCCAUGGGGAAAGACACCAUUCUGGUAGUAGUUGAUCGUCUUACAAAAUAUGCACAUUUCUUGGCCCGGAAAAAGAAGAAUUUCAGGUCUGGAACCACCAUGGGGGGUGGCGCAGCCACUACUGUGGCCAUGGAGACUGCUGAGCAGCCAAAACAGCAAGGAGAGAGGGGAAAUACGAAUUUGGCAGAUGGAUAGGGGCAGUUACCAGUCUGUAGUUAUUAGGAGUUAGCAGUUAUUAUGUGUGUAUGUCAGUUUGAAUUCAAAAUAGAAACUGCACUAUGCAGUUGUAUAAAUAAUAGAUGUAGCCUAUUAGAUGAUCAUCCAGGAAAUUAUAAGUUUGGUAGUAUGGAGAGAACAGGCUCUCGAACUCCUGCUGUAUUGUACUAUUCCCAGUAGAGAUUCUUCAUCUCUGCAGUAUCAAUAAUAAUUAUCUAUUAUUCUAUUCCCCUAUCUUAUCAGAUUCCCCCUGAAUCACCCUCACCGCCAUGGUUUCAAGAUUCUCCGGUGACGCCUCUGCUUCAUAGGUUCGGUUUUUCUCUGCCAUUGAUGCAGACCCUGAUUUCUUCUGCCACUCCUCCUCUGUAACUCGAUUGUCCUCCACUAGUUCAAGAUUGAGUUGCUUCAUCUCAGAAAUGAAAACCUCCUCUGUUUCAGACGCUUGCUCAUUCAACGUAGCGUCUCUCUCUUCUUCCGCCGUUGUCUCUGUUUCACCCUCUGUUCCAAGAUUGGCUUUCUGAAUCGCAGAGGUUGAGUCUUCUCCUGCUUCAGAAGCUUGCCAAGCCACCGCUGCGGUCUCACUUCCCCUCAACAACGUCGCCGCUGCCACCGUUCGCUCCGCCAGGAUCGCCGCCUCUGAUUCUUGCCUUUCUUGUUCCAUCAUCUGCCUCCUUUCUUCAAGUUCCCUCCACCGAUUCUUCAUUGACUCUAGUUCCCUUCUGCUCUCAGCAAACUCCUUCUGCAAUUCUUCUACAAGAGCAAAUAUCUCCCUCCUUUCCUCACGUGAAAAUGAAUCCAUGAAUCCUAUAGCCAUGGAUGCUGUUGCGGUUAAAUCUUCUUGGCUAGGGCACCUGAAUCGGUGCUCUGAUACCAAUGAUAGAACUUUGAAAAUUAGCAGUAGUUUAUUGAUAGAACCCUUAUUCCCAAUUGGGGAUUAGGGGAAAGAUACAUGAGAGAGAUGCCAAACACCCUCUCUAACCCUAGAAAGAGAACCACUUCUCUCUCUAAACCCAAUUCCUAACUGAAUACCAAGAUACCCCUAACUCUCUAAUGUCUGUUAUUUAUAGGCUACAUGCCUCAAUAACAUUCUAACUAACUCACUAAGUAUAACUAACUAACUAACCCCUAACCUUGAGUUCCUAUCACAUACUCAUGAUUAUAAUACUUUUAAU